UAACAAUGCGGUCUCGAUGGACAAAUCGCCAACCCCAAAAAUAACGCGUGCAGCUGUACCGCCACCGCGCGGCGCCGUUUUGAUCCGAUCGAUCGGCGCCGUCCCCUUAGUAACGGGUACACACAUCACACACAACACGUCGUAUUGCCGGCGAAUCGUACGAAAAACCUCGAUCUACCGAACAGAAUAAAAACCGAAUUUUUUCUUCUUUUUCAAAAAAAAAAACCAUUAUCACCGCGACCUCGACGUCGGUGUGACCGCGAUGGACCACGCGCGACCGGACUCGGCGGCGGCGGCCGACGACCCGGACGACCCGGACGGUCGGCUGUACGAGUAUCUGUUGGACAGCGGCGCGUUUAACGACGUGCACUCGUUGGCCGAGUCGAUCGUCGGCUCGACCGAUUGGUCGUCCGACUUGGACGGCGGCGGUGACCGCGACGUGGACGACGACGCGGACGACGACUCGGUCGCCCGACGGAUCGCCGACCGGCUGUUGGAGCAGAACGCCGACGACGUGGACCGGGCGCUGGACGCGGCGGUGCGCGACUGUCUGCUGGCCACCGGGUCGGCCGGCCGGCUGGUGGACCGCCGGUGGCCGGGCCUGGUGGACAUCGGGCCCGGUCGGUCGGCCCGCGACACGGCCCGCAGCCUGAAUGCGCUGCUCCGGUUGCCGUUCACGUACGACACGUACGCGGGCCCGUACUUCCGGCGGCUGACGGACGGCCUGUCUCGCGCCCUGUCCGGCGACGUUCACUUCGGGCUGGCGGUCCGCGCGUACGCCAAGCUGGUGGACGCGGCGCCCGACCCGGAGACCGCGGCCGAGAGUUUCUGUUCGCUGUGCGAGGCCGCUCACGCGCGCUGUCUGUUGCGGCAGCGUCGCGACUUUGGCAAGACUGUGUCGGCCGUGUCGCUGACGGUCCGAUGUCUGUCCGCGGUGUGCGGCCGGGCCGCCGGCUGUCGCGCGGCCGUCAAACCGGCCGUCGUCGAGUUCGUGGCCACCGUGGCCGCCGACCCCGGUGGCCGCGGCCCGUACGCCGUCCUGUGCUGCGCCGAUCCCACCGCCACGUGGUUCGACGCCGUUUCUAAAUACCACUCGUCCCGAUCGGUAUUUUUUCAGUGCCUGGACGGCGACCGGAAGUUGCUCCGGGCCGUCGUUUCCGGUUUCCACGAGUGGAUCGUCGAACCCGAGAUCCCUCGACGGUCGGACGACGCGGACAUCGCGACCGUUGUCCGGUACGCCCGCGCGCUGCACGCCACGCACCUGUUGGCCAAGAUGUUCAGGUACCGCGCCACGGCGGCGAUGUUCCCCGUCAAGGUGUCCCGGACGGUGCGGAUCCACUCCACGGGCAUUUCCAACCACUGUCUCGGGUUCCUGUCGGCCAACCGCCGGGACGUUCCCGGGACGCUGGCGCACGGCCUCUGCCUGCUGGUGGCCGCCGUCGCCGCGUCCCAUCCCGAGAUGCUCGAUUCGGUCGCGGACAACGCUUUUGGCUUGCGCGUACUGGCCGAGGUCGCGGACCGUUCAGACGCGCUGGCCACGCGUCCACAGCUGGUGGACGGGCUGUUCGAGAAGAGGCGCUGGAAGGACGCGGACGCGGACGCGGAUUCCCUGACGGCGGUCGCGGCCGCGCUGACCGACAGAAGUCACGACGAGAUCUGGAGGCUGGUCACCAGGAGGAUGUCGUUCUUGGAGGACGCGGCCGCCCGUCGCGGUCCCGACCGCGGACACCGUCGGUCGCUCUUGACCAACGUGCGCGGCACGCCUCUUGGCACGCUCCUGUACGACGCGCCGCAGCUGGAAGACGCGGCCGCGGAUCGGGACGACUUCGAUUGGUUGGACCCGCGACACCUGUUGAUGCUGAGCGUCGCCUGCACCACGGCCGCCGGCAGACAUUGGCUGCAUCGGACGAACGCGUUCGGUUCUCUGGACGGAUUCGUUGCGGACCGUUCGCGCCAAGCGGAAGUCUCUUUGGACCCGGACGGCGAUAGGAAGUCCCUCGACUCGAUCGUCCGCGUCGCCUAUUCCUGUUGCGCGUCCACCGGAGGGUUAAACGUUGUACUCGACCAUCGUCGAAUCGACGGUCCGGACGCCGCAGUGACCGGCAUAGUGACACUCACCGAACUUUAUUACGCUUCGUUCAAAAACUUUGACGGCUAUCCCUUUGCGAGAGAUGUUCUCGUGAUACUGUGGCUUCGGUUAAUACAAGCGGCCACUCACACGUUCAGCUCACGUGUUUACGCGGACUUAAAAUUAAAAUAUCAAGAAACAUUAUUAAAGCUGUCCGCCGAGAGCCGCACGGAAGAUGAAAUAGUUUUCGUCGACGAAACUACCGAACUUUUGACAAAAUUACAACGCCCUCUGCUGUCGGACGGCCCUCGGCGCUCCACCGAGUCUACCCCUGGCGCUCUGGCUGGGUUUUUGACAAACACUAAUCACCAUCACGGCGGCGUCUGGUUACAGAGGGUCCGCUCUAUAAUAAUCCGUUCCGACCAGAUAACCGGAACGGAGACGAUGGAUUUAAUAGCUUCGGUUGGCCGCCGCCGUUUCGACGGCCAACUCGACCUGGGAGCGUUCGAUCAUAAAUUAAACCUAACCGAUUUCGAUGUCACCGGAAUACGAUUUGCGCUGAGGUAUGGGUCAAGCGUCGGGUUGGUGGCUGAAGAUUCGGUGACGUCCUCGGAGCUCGAACAACUAUACGGCAGUGUUGAAAGACGAGGAUCUUCGGGGCUAUUCGAUUGCAUGACUUGCACGUUGUUUAUAGCGUCGAGAGGAUCGAAAAACGGGUGUAUUGAGGCAUGUGCCGUACUGCUCAGACUCUACGAAACGACACGAUACGUUUGGCCGCCGGCAUUUGACGAGGACGCUGACAGGAGGGCCGCUUUUGGUCAUCUGGUCGAAGGGUUGUUACAACAAGAACAACCUGAAGUAUACAACGCGUUUAAGAUGUCUGGCGUCUCGUGGUGGCUUCUGUGCUCCGGAUGGGCAUCCGACUGUUUCUGGGGCCGCCUGAACUGGUCCGAAAUUUGCCGCUGGCUGUGUCUGAUCGUCGUGAACCCGGUAGACUAUCAGGCGUUCUUUUUCGUCUGUUUGGCCGCGGCUCAAAAGCGCCGGUGGAUGGAAGCGUUCGUCCAGGGCCGGUUUCACGAUACCGUUUACCAGGGCGAUUUCAGCGAUUUCCGACUGGAUGAACAUGCCAUUUAUUUCGAGGAAUUGGCGAAAAAGCACCAACGGUGUAUAUCGAAAAAACUUGCGUCCGAAUUCGAUAUGCAUUAAAUUGAGAUUCACUUUUGUGCGUUAACGACGUAUUGGUAUUAGUAUGUACAUACCGGAUCCGUUUGUGCAUAUAUAAGAUACAUCCAUAACGUAUAACAUUAUCGAACGACGGCGCGUUGUAUACGAAUUAGGAGAGUCACUGCGGUGUACAAAUGUACAGAUCCGCGAUUGACAUUAAUUAUGGCCAAAUAUUGAUUCAACCGCACUCAUGGAAGGACAUAGCAUUUAUAUAUGGGUUUGGAAUUUGUAUCCCAGAAAUGCCGACCACGACGUUAUUAAACCCUGCAGGGUUGCAAACAGAUCUGUAAACAUUACUGUAGUUACAGUAUUGACCGUGAUCUAAACUUUAACCGUCGUCGAGUAAUAAGUGUCAGCCUAAUGAAAUUAAUAUCAUAUUAUAUAUUGUU